AUGGCCGUUCGAUUAUCGUUCGCGUCGCAAGGGCUCGUGUCAACGCGCGCCCCGCCAGUCAUCGUCGCUGCUGACUCCUCGCCGUUCCCCCCUCGCCGCUCCGCACGGCGCGAGCCAUUCCGUCCCCGCGCCGCGCGUUCCGCCCAUCCCACGCAUGCGGCCGUGCGGAGAUUCUGUGGAAUGCGCGGGGAAUGGCGGAACCCGCGCGCUGACGAUUCGCUGUUUCUCUCCCGCCGCCGAGACCGCCGCUUGAUCCCAGGCAGUCCCGGCGACGGUGGUAACUGUGUUUCUACUAUCGCACGGCGAACAGGCAAAUGGCGACGGCAGGCAGCCUUAGCGAAUUCCGAGGUUUCUUAUAAAGCGGAUGGAUCUGAUCCGAGGAUCGCGGAAGAGGCGGAUUGCGUGGUGGUGGGCGGCGGGAUUUCGGGGCUGUCAGCGGCGUUCGCGCUGGCGACGCGGCACGCGGACGCCGUGCCGCGCGUGCUUGUAACGGAGGCGCGGGAGCGCGUGGGAGGGAAUGUGACUACAACGGUGGGGGAGACGGGGACGGAGAGUGAGGGGUAUGUGUGGGAGGAGGGGCCUCACAGCUUUCAACCUAGCGACGCCAUGCUACAGUGCGCUGUGAGUUACCGGGUUACCAGGUUACCGGGUCACCAUGCUACAAUGGUGGAGGAGGCAGGGACGGAGAGCGAGAGGUUCGUUUCUGCUGUCCCUCCCUCAUGCGCCUCUCUCCAACCAUCCCACCCUCGUCCACCUCCUAUCCUGUUUCCCCCUGUCCCCAUAUUCGCCCUUCCCGUUCAGCUCCACUGUGGCAUUCUCCCUGACCUUGUGCUGGGAGUGCCCCACGCGCCUCGCUACCACUCCAACCAUCCUUCCAUUCCCUUCCCUCCCCCCCUGCACCCAUUGUCAUUCCCUGUCCCCCCCUCCCCCAUACAGCUCGACUGCGGCAUUCUCCCCGACCUCGUGCUGGGAGCCCCCGACGCACCUCGCUACGUCUUUUGGGACGGCAAGCUGCGUCCCAUUCCCUCAGGCCCCGCUGAUUUGAUCUCCUCGGAUCUGCUGACGCUGGGUGGCAAGCUGCGGGCGGCACUGGGGUUUGUGGGGAUCAGAGCAGGCCAGGUGGGAACCGAAUUGGCCCAGCGGGGCGGCAGCAAGGAGGAGAGUGUGUCUCACUUCAUGUCUCACUCCUUGUGGCAACAUGAGCUCGCAGCUGCUGCACGGGAGAGUGGCAUUCACUCGUGCAUAUUUGCGGGGGAUGCGGAGCAGAUGAGCAUGCAGGCAGCGUUCCACCGCAUAUGGCGCAUGGAGGCUGAGGGGGGCUCGCUGCUGGGGGGCAUGAUUCAGCUGGGGAAAGAGAGGAAGGAGAAGCAGAAGGAGAACCCGGCAGAUCCGCGAGACCCGCGGCUCCCCAAGCCACAGGGCCAGUCAGUAGGGUCCUUCCGCUCAGGGCUGGCCACUCUCACUCGCGCCAUGGCUGACCGCCUGGGGACCAGAGUGUGGGUGGGGUGGCGGCUGGUGGGCAUGCAGCAGCGGGCAGGACGGGGGGCCGUGCUGACGUACGACACGCCACGUGGCACCACACGAGUGGCCGCGCGCUCCGUGCUGCUCACCGUGCCUGCUUACGUUGCUGCUGACGUCAUCAGGGCUUUCUCUCCCACAGCGGCAGCAGCCCUGGCAGCCAUACCCUACCCGCCUAUGGCAUCCGUGGCCCUCUCUUACCCCGCCGCUGCCAUCAGGGAGGGGGCUGAGCAAGCAGGGGGGCUGCGCGGGUAUGGGCAGCUGCACCCGCGCUCCCAGGGGCUGGCUACAUUAGGUGAGACGGGUGGAAGUGGGAGGGAGAGGGAUGGGUGGGGCAGGGAGGGCAAGGGGGCUGAAGGGGUAUGGGCAGCUGCACCCGCGCUCCCAGGGGCUGGCGACGCUAGUUCUGCCCUCUUCCCCAACAGAGCACCUGACGGCCGCGUGCUGCUCAUCAGCUACGUGGGCGGUGCAGGGAACGAUGCUGUCGCUGAAAUGACCCACACAGACCUCAUAGCAGCAGUGGAUCGGGACAUGCGCACCACACUCCUCCGUCCCUCCGCCCCUCCCCCUCUGGCGCUCGGAGUGCGUGUGUGGCCGCGUGCCGUUCCCCAGCUGAAUAUUGGCCACCUUGCAAGAAUAGAGGCGGCGAAGAGAGGGAUCGAAGAGGCGGGGAUGGAGGGGGUGUUUCUUGGAGGGAAUUAUUUGACGGGGGUUGCGCUGAGUUGGUGUGUAGAGGGAGGCUAUGAGAAUGCUGUUGAGAUUGAAGCGGUAGCCAUGGCGACCGUAUCGCAGGCGGCGGCGAGAGCGCCGUACUCCGUCGCGAUGUCGCUCGGCGGAAGGGCCGCGCAGCGAUUGGCGCAGAGCACCCAUCCCUUCCCCAAGGCCUUCUUUUCGGGUCUCAGUCUGAGCCAAGUGAGCAUUUCGGGUGAAGCCAAAUCGUCGCACGUCGCACAGACGCACGUCGCCAGCCGUCGUGGCGCUCGCUGCGAUGCUGCGACUGCGGGAAGCGACGGGAAGCCGCGCGUGCGAUUCGCGCCGUCGCCGACGGGGAACCUGCAUGUGGGCGGGGCUCGCACGGCGCUCUUCAACUGGCUCUUCGCGAGGGCAACGGGCGGCAAGUUCGUGCUGCGCGUGGAGGACACCGAUCUGAACCGCUCCACACCGGAGUCCGAGGCCGCCAUGGUGCGCGACCUGCGCUGGCUGGGGCUCGACUGGGACGAGGGUCCCGAUGUGGGCGGUCCCCUGGGCCCAUACCGCCAGUCGGAGCGCAACGAGAUCUACCGCGAGCUGACAGAGAAGCUGCUGGCGUCGGGCAUGGUGUACCGCUGCUUCUGCUCCGAUGAGGAGCUAGCAGCAAUGAAGGCGGAGCAGGAGGCGAAGAAGCUUCCUCCCAAGUACGCGGGCAAGUGGGCGCGUGCCAGCGAGGACGAGGUGGCCGCUGAGCUGGCAAAGGGCACGCCGCACUCGUUCCGGUUCCGAGUGCCGCCCAACAAAGUCAUCAAGAUCAACGACCUUGUCCGCGGGGAGGUGGCGUGGAACACCGAUACCCUGGGCGAUUUCGUGGUGCUGCGGAGCAAUGGGCAGCCGGUGUACAACUUCUGUGUCACUGUGGAUGACGCCACCAUGAAGAUCUCCCACGUCAUCAGGGCGGAGGAGCACUUGCCCAACACUCUGCGCCAGGCGCUCAUCUAUGAGGCGCUGGGUCUGCCCAUGCCCACAUUCGGCCAUGUGUCCCUCAUCCUGGCCCCGGACCGCUCCAAGCUCUCCAAGCGCCACGGCGCCACCUCCGUUGGACAGUUCAAGGACAUGGGCUUCCUGUCCGAGGCCAUGGUGAACUACCUGGCGCUGCUGGGGUGGAACGACGGCACGGAGGACGAGAUCUUCACGCCCUUGCAGCUCGUCGAAAAGUUCUCUCUCUCCCGGGUCACCAAGAGCGCGGCCAUCUUCGACAACGCCAAGCUGCGGUGGAUCAACGGCCAGCACUUCCGCCAGCUGUCCGAGGAAGCUUCCACGCAGCUGCUCGCCGAGCAGUGGCACGCCAGCGGCCUGCUGGCGUCAGCAGACGCUACCAGCCGCACCACACAGGCAGCAGCAGCGCUGGUGCGCAACGGGUUGGAGCUCGUUACAGAUGCUGAUGCAGCACUGGAGGCGCUGCUGGCAUACCCUCUCAAGGAGACGCUCGCGAGCGAGGACGCCAAGGCAGUGGUGGAGGACGGGCUGGAGGAGGUGAGGGCGGCACUGCUGGCGGAGUGGGAGAGCGGGGCGCUGCUGGCAGCAGUUGACGGAGGCGCUGCCACGUGGAAGAAGUGGAUCAAGGGGUUCGGCAAGGCCAGUGGACGCAAGGGCAAGCGCCUCUUCAUGCCCAUCCGCGUGCUCCUCACGGGCUGCAUGCACGGGCCGGACGUGGGGGAGACACUCACCAUGCCCCUCACACCCUGCUUCACCCUCUUCGUUCCUUCCCUCCCCACUACCCCCUGCCCCGUCCCCACCCUCUGGCAGGGCAAGCGUCUCUUCAUGCCCAUCCGCAUUCUCCUCACGGGGUGCAUGCACGGGCCAGACGUGGGGGAGACUCUCGCCAUGCUGCAGCACGCAGCAGCGGACAAGGCCCUGGGGCCCAAGGCGCACUGCGUGGGGCUGGAGGAGAGGAUCAGCCUCCUCAGGGAUGCGGACCUUACUGCUGCUCCUGCUGCUGCUGAGGCUGUGGCUGCGAGCGUGGCGCAAUGA